CACAUACAAAUCACUCUUCUGCAAAUCGAGUUUGUUUUUUAUUAUAUUAGUUUGGCCAAUAUUGUGCAUUUACGAGUGAAUUUAAAAUGAGCAUAUUCCUUACAAUACUCGUGCUUUGUAUGGCUUAUAUACAUUCAGUAACGAAUCUAAGCGUUUGGGAUUUUUUGACUAAUCCUGACUCUACUAAAGAAGAAGAUCUUACAUUAAUACAAACAAUGGAUAAAGACGGCUUGCAGUUUUUCUAUCUCAAUGAAAAACUCGGACAUGAUAAAAGAAUACAAAUGGAUUUGAAUAAUGUAUCUGCUAUAGUUAACUAUUGGAUGAAAGGUUUACCGUUAAAAGUUACUGUUCACGGAUGGCAUGGAUCGGAGAAUGCUAUCUAUGGUGUAUAUGAAAUCAACGAUGCAUACAUCGGCCUUGGAGGGUACAAUAUAAUCACAGUGGAUUGGAGUAGUUUUGCAAGUAAUUCUGAAUAUGCAUAUUCUGCGGCCUUGGCCCUAACCGUUGGUACUGGGGUUGCCGUAUUUUUGGAAAAUGUGGUUAAUCUAACGGGAAUUUUACCAGCGGAUAUACAUUUAAUUGGCUAUAAUCUCGGAGCCCACGUUGUAGGAAGAUGUGCUUAUCGUUUUGGAAUGUGGAAAUUCGGCAGACUUACUGGAUUAGAUCCAAUUAAGAUUCUAAGAAAUAACAAAGACAUGAAUGUAACAGCAUUCAACAUAGAUUAUGCCAAAUUUGUCGACGUUAUUCACACUUCAGGAGGAAAAUUUGGUGACAUGAAUAAUUUAGGUCACACUGACUUUUAUCCCAAUUCCGGAGAAGUUAGUCAACCGGGAUGUUAUGAUUCCUUACUUCCAUCUUUAGAAUUACAGAAAUGCAGCCAGCAAAGAGCAUAUGAAUAUUAUAGAGACUCCGUGAUACAUAAUAAUUCUUUUAUUGCGGUAUACUGCGGUUCGUGGGAAUUUUAUGCGUUACAUCGCUGUGAUGACCCCAUAUUUCUUAGAAUACCUAUGGGACAUAGCGCAAAGCCAAGUCCUUUUACUAUGGGAGCUUACUACAUGUACACCAAUGACAAAAGUCCUUUUCAUGGGGAAUGAAUUAGUAAAUCUGUAACCAAUUUUGUGCUUUGUUUUCGAAGUGUCCAAUCCCGACUGCACUUGUUUGCCUGCAAUCAUUCAACUGCGAGGGGACUCCGUGUCAUCAUCGGACGAGCUUGGCUAAACCAGGUGGUCGUCUUCUUUAUUUUUUGUACACCAUUUUUCUAUAUUUUCUUAUAUUAUUGUACGUUUUAUUAUUAUUAUUAUUAUUAUUAUUAUUAUAUUAGUAUAUUGAUAACUAUUCCCAUAAUGUCUUGUACUAGGUCCAUUAUUAAAAUUAUAAUUAUUAAUAUUAUUUGGA